AGCUUACUUUUAUCUCUUUUGAUGAUGAAUGGUUUGAAUUGUAAGUAACUUCUCCACUUCCUGAUUGUGUAACCAAGCUUGUAUCCUAGUACCUAAUCUUUACUGGAGAAAGUUACUGGAUACCCUUGUUGGAUCCAUAUUUCCCAGCGCUAAAACUGGAAGUUUCAUGUGAUCGCAACAAUGGCUUCUUCCUUCCAUUGAAACUUUGCCUUCUUUCUAAAUUUUGUCAAUAGAAAGGCAAUGAACCCAUAACUUUUAAUGAAAGUGUGAUAGGAUUAGUUUAAUCAGAAAAUCCUCUGUUUUAGAUUACUGGUUCACUAUUUCUCCACUCUUUUAGAUCACAUGUCCUAAAUAAUUCACAUCUAAACAUGCAAAUGCACAUUUAGAAUACUUCAACAACUGAUGAUACCUCAACAAUUCAAAUACUGUUUUCAAAUGUUUUAAAUGUUCAUUCCAAGGCAAGUCCUACUGUUGAAAAAAAACUAGUAAUGUGUUUUUAAAAUGAGGUAUGAGAAAAUCUUUGAAAAGAUGAAGGGACAUUUGCUAACCCAAAGGGCAUCACCACAAAUUUAUAAUUCUUCUCAUGUGUCUUAAAUCGCAAUCUUAAAAACAUCUUCCUCCUUCAUUCUAAGAUAGACUGACUAUACAAAGCUAUUAUGCAACUCAUUCAUAAUUACUUCUGUAAAUCUCCUGUAAUCAAUACAUAACCUCCACUUUUGAUCUUUUUUAUACAAGUACCACUGUUGAAGAAAAUAAGCUGUCUUUUUCUUAUGACCCUAGCCAACAGCAUUGCAUCCACCAUACGUUCCAUCUCAUUCUUCUGAAGAACAUGAUAUUGGUAAGGCCUCGAGUUUACUCCUUUUGCCCUAUCUUUCAAGAAUAUCAGAUGAUCACAACUUCUUUUUGUUGGUAAGGUGGUUAGUUCCCUAAAUAAAUAUUCAUCCUCAGUCAACAAGUUCUUCAAAUACUCAUCACCGUCAAUUUCUAGAGGAGAGCAAUAAUUGAACACAAUUCCAUCUCAUAGUUUCCUUAUUCAAUUAUACUUAGCUUUGCUACUUCAGAUCCCUUUUAGUUAUUCCCUCCAAAGUUCUUCCUUCCAGCAUUGGAACUUCAUUUGUUACAUCUCCUUUAAGUACACCUAGUUUCCCUUGAUGUACAAAAGUCAUCAUCAAAAUUUGGACCCUUGCAUUUAUGUGAACUGCAUUCCUUGAUCUCCUUGAGCUGACCUUUUUAAUUCCAAACAUUCACUUUCAACAAUUAAUUGAUUACCAUUAGCUGAUGUGUCACCUUCAACUUUGCAACUGAUGAAGUAAUGAAACCAGUAUUCCUAAUCACUCUCCCAUUAACAAAAUUAUGAGUGCUUCCACAAUCAAUUAAGAUAUAUACCUUGUUUUUUCCAACUGAUCCUUGAAUUUUCAUUGUCUCGAAUAUCUUUAAUCCCUCGAUUGCUAAUAAGGAUCCUUCUUCAGUUGCUUCCUCCAUUACUUGAGAAAUAAACUGCAAAUUGGAAGUAGAACAGAAUUAGAUGAGAUCAGAACUGAAUCAAGAAGAGAUGACAAUCAGAUCAAGCUAAAUGUCAUAACUUUCUUUCCCACCUAUCUUCAUUCCCUCUAAAUGCCUCUUGACUGCCACUUUAUUGUUAUAAAGCUAUAACUGCUACUAUGUAGUUGUUACCAAUUGAAUGAAAUGUUAUUUACUGCUGAUUGUUGUAACUUCCAGCUUAUUUCUUCUACUGACUCAGCCAUUAACCCUAAGUCCUCCUCAUAACAGUACCCUUCUGGAAUGUUCCACAAGGUUCAAACGAUUUCCCUAGCUUGCAAACAUAAUGCUACUUAUUGUGGACAGGUAAUAUGUGCAUGUUAAAUGAAUAUUUGGUUUCUGUGAGAUCUUUUAUUCUAGAGCUUGUGAUAUUCCAGUUUUGAAAUAUCGGAUGAUUAUCAUAUGCGUACGCUCAAAGAGACGAUGAUCUUAGAAUUAUAUCCGUCAAAGAGCAAAUUUUGUUUUCUCAAUUCACCAACAAUGGCUUCAUCAUCUGAGGAAGGACAAGUGAUCAGCUGCCACACCCUCGAGGAGUUCAACCAGAAGAUGCAGAAGGGCAAGGAAUCCAAGAAAUUGGUGGUGGUUAACUUCACUGCAACAUGGUGCGGUCCCUGUAAAUUCAUCGCGCCAUAUUAUGAAGAGUUAGCAAGUAAAAUGCUUGAAAUAAUCUUCCUCAAGAUUGACGUUGAUGAACUCAGGUCUGUUGCUGAUGAUUUUGAUGUGAAGGCAAUGCCAACUUUCGUGUUUGUUAAGGAUGGUAAUAUCGUCGAUAGGACUUUGAAUAAUAAAUUCCAUCUACUAUCGAAGAUAACCCUUCACUCUGUUGUCACUGUCUGAUCAAUAUUGGUAUGAACAUUUUUGUUUUGUUUCGUUGUUACCUUGAAUUAUAACCAACGAUAUCAUGAAUGUUAUUGAAUAAAUCUGUUGUAAUUUAACUUAAAUCUUAUGAUUAUUAAUAUUCUGUCUAUCUUGCUUCUUAGA